AUGCAGUACCGGGAGAAAACAAGUCUUCAGUGUGCCAUCGGUAUUAGUCAUGUUCCUUUCUACUGCCCACAUUUUCUUCUUACAGGAUUGAUGUUUGUCUUAUUGGCUGUAAUUUUCAUACUGUAUUGCCUCUAUAAAAAGUGGACGCAUCAUGUUGGUCGAUAUCCCCCAGGACCAUUUUCUUUGCCACUAAUUGGGAAUCUUCAUCAAAUUCAACUUGGGAAAAUCAAAUAUGGAGGAAUCGUUGAGCUUAUGAGAGUUUGGCAGAAGGAAUACGGUAAUGUCAUUACCUUCUGGCUGGGACCAACACCUACGGUUCACAUAUUAGAUUUCGAUAUAGCGAAGGAAGAAAUGAUCGUCAACGGUGCUGCUUAUGCGGAUCGAUACACACCCUAUGUUCUCGAUGUGAAGCGAGAAGGACGAGGGACUAUUUUCUCGAGCGGCGACUUCUGGGCUGAUCAUCGUCGUUUCACUUUACGAACAUUACGGGAUUUUGCUAUGAAGAAAAACAUUAUGGAGGAGAGAAUCAUGGAUGAACUACAGUACAACUUUGCUAAAGUGGAAAAUUCGAUGGUAAAUGGAAAAGGCAAGAUAAAUGCCAAUGAAUUUUUCGAUUUGCUCGUCGGCAGUGUUAUCAAUCGGAUCAUCUUCUCCGAGCGUUUCACGGAGCAUGUCGACUUUCUCUUUCCACUGAUCGUGAGCGAAGCGUCCAUGAAAACGUACUUCCAGGAAAACACUGCCGAAUUUUUUGAAUUGAAACAUCUUGUGGACAAAGAUUUUGCGAGUAUGACAGCUUUCGAUAUGUCGUUGGACAAAUGGACACUGAAUUUGCCAUUCUUCAAGAAAAAAUGGAAAACCCUCACUGAACCGCAGGAAAAGCUUGUGGAAUUUAUUCAGAAGAGAAUUGACCGAAGGUUUGCUACUCUGUUUCAGCAGAUAUGUAAAGGUGAUGAUAUGAAAGAGGAUAUUGCUUCCGGUAAGCACUCUUUGGAUGGGGAUGGUGAAGAUUUUGUUGACGCAUUCCUUAUAAAGAUAGAGAAAGACCGACGAGAAGGUCGACAUCCUUCACAAUCAUACAAAGAGGACGAGCUAGUGUACGAUAUUUUCGACUUGUGGAUUGCUGGACACGAAACAACGGCGAUUACUGUAAUGUGGGGAUUGAUGCAUCUGAUCAAAAAUCCUACCGUUAUGGAGAAGAUUCGAGCUGAGUUGCAGAAGAUCACGAAUGGCAAUAGAUCGGUCUCAUUGUCAGAUAGGGAGCACACUCCUUACAUGAACUUUGCUAUACUGGAAACGCAAAGAUUGGCAUCUAUAGUGAACCUGAAUUUGUGGCGUCGAACCAAGGAAGGCAAACUUAUCAAUGGGCAUUUCGUUCCGGGAAACACGGCUAUAGCUGCAGAACUAUCGUUGAUAAUGAGUGAUGAAAGAUACUUCAAGAAUCCAGCUAAGUUCGACCCUGAUAGAUAUGAGAAAGGAGGAAAAGCAUUGGAACAGCGAGUCAUUCCAUUUGGAAUAGGAAAGCGGUCAUGUCUGGGUGAGAUGCUGGCAAAAGCUGAAUUAUAUUUGAUACUGGCCAACAUGAUCUCUCGAUACGAAAUCCACGAAGAUCCUGAAUUCCCGAUCGACCUGAGAACCAGCACGCCAGUAGGACUGAUGCAUCGGCCCAAGAACUUCAAUAUUAUUUUAGAACACAUCAAAUGCUGA